AUGACAUGCCCUGUUGCUGUAACAUGGUUUUUGGUCGUAUCAGGAUAUGAAGCAAGGCUGACCAUACACGAGGCGAUAAAGGACUACUGUGAUGAAGUAGAAUUACCAAUUCUUACUAGCGAUACUUUUUGGAAUCAGCUUGUCAAUCCGUUAUAUAUUCCAAAAGACGUAAUACUUUACGCCGAUAUUGUAUAUUGUACUGAUCAAGAGUUAGCCGAACAAAGGGAGGACGUCGAUGAAAAGCAAUUCUUGUCACUCGACAUUUACACUCGUAGAGAUACUUCGGCAACCUUGAAGCCCGUUUUUUUAUUCAUUCAUGGAGGCGGAUGGAUAAGAGGUGACAAAACAUCGCCGUAUCCAUUGAUCCGCCAUUUAGCCGAAUCUGGUCUUGUCGUCGUUGCGAUAAACUACCGUCUUGCUUCGGUUGCUCCGUAUCCAGCACAGCUGAUUGAUGCAAAACGUGCCUUACGAUGGGUAAAGAAAAGCAUCAAAAACUUCGGAGGAGAUCCUAACUUUAUCAUAGUCGGUGGUGACGGUGCUGGUGGUCAUCUCGCUGCGCUUGUUGCUCUGACACCAAAUAAUGCAGAGUAUCAGCCUGGUUUCGAAUUGGUAGACACGAGUGUACAGGCAUCUGUUCUAAUUAACGCUAUAACGGAUGUUACUAAUGAGACAAUGGUCUGGAACACAAACUUUCCCGAACAUUUUGCAAAAGACAUUGCCAAAUUGGAUAAGAGCAAUGAGGACUUUUUAAAGCUGCAUUCGCCGAUACAUAAUAUAAAACCCGAUUCGGUACCAUUUCUAGUAUUCCAUGGGGAUCGCGAUAAUCUAGUUCCGUUCCAAUUAUCAAGAAAUUUUAUCGAGCAGUUCAGGAAGGUGUCAAAAUCGGAGAUUCAGUUUGUCCAAAUCCCGGGCGGGCAUCACGUAUACCAUUUAUUUACCUCACCUCGUUCGCAAUAUCAAGCUAUUGGUAUUGAAAAAUGGAUAAAGCAUUUACACCAUGAUGGAAAACACGCAUAG